AUGGAUGACCUCUACGAUGAAUUCGGCAAUUUUAUUGGCGAGGAGGCCGACGCAUCAGAGGACGAGUCCCAGCAUGGCGUCGGCGCGGAUAACUAUGUCUACGAUGACGAGUAUGCUGAGGACGACCAAGGGGCAGCUGGUCAGGAGCUCAUGGAGGUAGACGAUGGCCCAUCGAACGCUGUUGUACUCCAUGAAGAUAAGCAAUACUAUCCGACGGCUGCGCAGGUAUACGGAGAAGGUGUUGAGACACUCGUGCAAGAGGAGGAUGCGCAGCCUCUGACCGAGCCGAUCAUUGCCCCUGUCGAGCAGAAGAAGUUCACCGUGGAAGAGGCCGACCUGCCGCCUGUUUUCUUUGACAGGAGUUUCAUGACAGAUCUGAUGAACUUUCCCGAGCAGACGCGAAACGUGGCACUAGCAGGACACCUCCACCACGGCAAGACGGCGUUCAUGGACAUGCUGGUGCUGGAAACCCACGAUAUCAACGACCGACUGGAGAAGCGCACAGGCAAGAACCGUGACGAGCAGAUGAGAUACACCGACGUACACCUUGUCGAGAGAGACCGGGGUCUUUCCGUCAAAGCAUCGCCCAUGAGCCUCGUGCUGCAGAGCACAAAGGGAAAAUCACACCUGGUCAAUGUUAUCGACACACCUGGCCAUGUCAACUUUGUGGACGAGGUCGCCGCAUCAUUACGACUGGUAGAUGGUGUCUGCCUCGUGGUUGAUGUUGUCGAAGGCGUGCAGGUCAACACGGAGCAGAUCAUCAGGCACGCAGUGUUGGAAGACAUACCCCUGACGCUCAUCAUCAACAAGAUGGACCGUCUAAUUCUGGAGCUCAAGUUGCCGCCCAAUGACGCAUACUUCAAGCUGAGGCACGUGGUGGAAGAAGUCAACACCGUCAUAGAGAACACGGUACCGGGGAGGGGAGAGGAGAGGCGGCUAAGCCCCGAGAAGGGCAACGUGCUCUUCGCCUGUGCUGAGAUGGGUUGGUGCUUCACCCUGCAGUCGUUUGCAAAGAUGUAUUCGGACAGCUUCGGCGGUGUCAACACAGAAGAAUUUGCCCGGCGCCUGUGGGGCGACGUCUACUUCAACCCAAGGAAGCGUUCAUUCACCAGGAAAGCGGUUGAGGAAGGGGCCAAGAGGUCCUUCCUCAACUUCAUCUUGGAGCCCAUCUACAAGCUCUAUUCUCACACAAUCAGCAAGAAUCCAGAGGAGCUGAAGGAAACCCUGGGCCCGCUCGGAAUAGCCCUCAAGCCGUCACAGUACAAGACAGAUGCCAAGGUGCUGCUCAAAUUGGUCUGCGAACAGUUCUUCGGCCCAUCCACGGCAUUCGUCGACAUGAUCGUACAGCACGUUCCUUCGCCCGCUGAGGCAGCUGAAAGGCAUCUCGAACGGUACUACACUGGCCCACUGGAUACGAAGCUUGCGGAGUCCAUGAAAGUCUGUGAUCAAAACGGCCCAUUGGUCGUGUACGUUACAAAACUGUUCAAUUCGUCAGAUGCUAAGAGCUUCAACUCGCUGGGCCGUGUCAUGAGUGGCAUUGCUCGCCCAGGUGCGGAGGUCCGCGUGCUCGGAGAGGGCUAUUCGCUUGAUGACGAGGAAGACAUGGCCGUGGCACGGAUAUCAGACGUGUGGAUUGCAGAGACGAGAUACAACAUUCCCGUGGACGGAGUCCCAGCAGGAAACUGGGUUCUCCUCGGUGGGGUUGACAACUCCAUUGUCAAAACUGCCACCAUUGUCGACAAGCAGUUCGAGGACGAUGAAGACGCGUACAUCUUCAAACCGGUCACUCAUUUCACAGAGUCAGUUCUCAAGGUCGCAGUCGAGCCGAUCAAUCCUUCUGAGCUUCCAAAGAUGCUUGACGGCAUAAGGAAAAUCAACAAGAGCUACCCUCUGAUCAAUACCAAAGUCGAGGAGUCUGGCGAGCACAUCAUUCUGGGCACGGGCGAGCUCUACAUGGAUUGCGUGCUGCAUGACCUGCGGCGGUUGUACGCGGAUAUGGAGAUAAAGGUUUCUGAUCCUGUGACUCGGUUCUGCGAGACGGUCGUCGAACAAUCACGGACGAAAUGCUAUGCCAUUACGCCCAACAAGAAGAACAAGAUCACUAUGGUGGCUGAGCCGCUGGAGGACGGUAUCGCGAGGGACAUCGAACUGGGGGCCGUCAGCAUCAAGGAGCCGAUUCGCAAGAUCGCCAAAUACUUCGAGGACAAGUACGAGUGGGACAGAUUGGCAGCCCGAAGCAUCUGGGCUUUUGGGCCAGACGAGAUGGGCCCCAAUAUCUUGCAGGAUGAUACUCUCCCUGGCGAGGUGGACAAACGACUCCUGAACACAGUAAAAGAACCAAUCCGUCAAGGGUUCAGUUGGGCCACCCGAGAAGGUCCUCUCUGUGAAGAACCCAUCCGCAACACAAAAUUCAGGAUUACAGACAUCUCACUGGCCGACGAAGCGAUUUUCCGGGGAGGAGGGCAGGUGAUCCCCACUUCCCGAAGAGCUUGCUACUCGUCGUUUCUGAUGGCAUCCCCGCGCCUGAUGGAGCCGAUGUACUCGGUGUCGAUGACGGGAAGCCAGGACGCCGUGUCGUCGUUGUACACUGUGCUGGCGAGGAGGCGGGGACACGUGCUCCAAGACGGGCCGAUCGUAGGCACCCCGUUGUAUCGUGUGAGCGGGCUGAUACCCGUGAUCGACUCAUUCGGAUUCGAGACCGAUCUGCGAAUCAACACAGAGGGCGCCAUGCUGUCUUUGGUAUUUGACAGAUGGAGCAUCGUGCCGGGCGACCCGCUCGACAGGGACAUAGUCAUCAGGCCCUUGCAGCCGGCCAGCGCACAGGCGACGGCCCGCGAUUUCGUCCUAAAGACCCGCCGGAGGAAGGGUCUCAGCGAGGACGUCUCCGUUGCCAAAUUUUUAGAGCCCGAGUUCUACCAAGAGUUGAUCGAGGGCGGCACUCUGGGGGAGAUCUAA